AUGGGAUGCAAGGUGCUCUUCAGCCUUGGUCAGCAGAUGCUGAGGCGGAAGGUGGUGGACUGCAGCCGCGAGGACAGCCGGCUGUCCCGCUGCCUGAACACCUUUGACCUGGUGGCGCUGGGGGUGGGCAGCACGCUGGGGGCUGGCGUAUACGUCCUGGCCGGCGCUGUGGCCCGUGAGAACUCUGGCCCUGCCAUUGUCAUCUCCUUCCUGAUCGCGGCGCUGGCCUCCGUGCUGGCUGGCCUUUGUUACGGCGAGUUUGGUGCUCGUGUCCCCAAGACCGGCUCGGCAUAUCUCUACAGCUACGUCACUGUUGGGGAGCUCUGGGCCUUCAUCACAGGGUGGAACCUCAUCCUCUCCUACAUCAUCGGUACUUCAAGUGUGGCAAGAGCCUGGAGUGCAACGUUUGAUGAGCUGAUUGGCAAACCCAUUGGGGAGUUCUCCCGGACUCACAUGUCUCUGAACGCCCCUGGAGUGCUGGCCACAAACCCAGACAUCUUUGCUGUGAUCAUAAUUCUCAUCUUAACAGGACUUUUAACUGUUGGUGUGAAAGAGUCAGCUAUGGUCAACAAAGUAUUCACUUGUGUCAACGUUCUGGUCCUGGGCUUCAUCGUGGUGUCAGGCUUUGUGAAAGGAUCGCUUAAAAACUGGCAGUUCACGGAGGAGUAUUUGCACAACAACUCUGGUCUCCUGUGCUCCAACAAUGAGACGAAAGAAGGGAAUCCCGGUAUCGGUGGGUUCAUGCCCUUCGGGUUCUCCGGUGUCCUGUCAGGAGCAGCCACCUGCUUCUAUGCCUUCGUGGGCUUUGACUGCAUCGCCACCACAGGUGAAGAAGUCAAGAACCCCCAGAAGGCCAUCCCCGUGGGCAUCGUCGCCUCCCUCCUGAUCUGCUUCAUCGCCUAUUUUGGGGUAUCGGCUGCCCUCACACUCAUGAUGCCAUACUUCUGCCUGGACAAGGAUAGCCCCCUGCCUGAGGCCUUCAAGCACGUGGGCUGGGAUAGCGCCAAGUAUGCGGUGGCCAUUGGCUCCCUCUGUGCUUUGUCUACGAGCCUUUUAGGUUCCAUGUUUCCCAUGCCUCGAGUUAUCUAUGCCAUGGCUGAAGAUGGACUGCUAUUUAAAUUUUUGGCCAAAAUCAACAAUAGGACCAAAACACCAGUAAUCGCCACGUUAACCUCAGGAGCCAUCGCUGCUGUGAUGGCCUUCCUCUUUGACCUGAAGGACUUGGUGGAUCUCAUGUCCAUCGGCACUCUCCUGGCUUACUCUUUGGUGGCUGCCUGUGUGUUGGUCUUACGGUAUCAGCCAGAGCAACCUAACAUGGUAUACCAGAUGGCCAGAACUACCGAUGACCUGGAUCAAGUAGACCAGAAUGAAUUGGUGAGCACCAGCGAUUCCCAGACAGGCUUUUUACCAGAAGCAGAAAAGUUUUCUUUGAAAACAUUACUUUCACCCCCAAACAUGGAGCCCUCCAGAUUCUCUGGGCUAAUCGUGAACAUUUCAACCAGCCUCAUAGCAAUUCUUAUCAUCAUCUUCUGCAUCGUGACUGUGCUUGGAAAGGAGGCUCUGACAAACGUGGAGCUGUGGGCCAUCUUCAUGCUCAUCGUCUCUGCCGUCCUCUGCUCAGUAGUCACGGUCAUCAUCUGGAGGCAGCCUGAGAGCAAGACCAAGCUCUCGUUUAAGGUGCCCUUCCUGCCAGUCCUUCCCGUCCUGAGCAUCUUCGUGAAUGUCUAUCUCAUGAUGCAGCUGGACCGAGGCACCUGGGUCCGGUUUGCGGUGUGGAUGUUGAUAGGCUUUGCCAUCUACUUUGGCUAUGGGCUGUGGCACAGCGAGGAGGCAUCCCUGGUCGCUAAACAAGCAAAGACUGCUGAUGGCAAUUUGGACCACUGCAAAUGACGCACAGCCGCAUCCACCGGAGGUGACAGAGCACCCAGAUGCACCGUGCUGUCUCCACCAAUGCAACAGGACCCCCCACAACCGCAAGGCUCCUGAGCAGCAGAAGGUGCACUGCCUGGACUACAGCCGCAGCCCACAUCUCGAAGGCUUGCCCGCCAUGCUCUCGGGCAGGCUCACCAGGCGGUUACUUCUGACAGCUCCCUCCAGGGCCGCUUGGCUGUGGCUGCCACUGUGUCUCCUAACUUCCCUCCGAACAGAAAGCAGCUCCUCCUGCCGUGCUGCUGUGGCCCCAGGCAGGAUGGAGAUCUCCUUCUCAUUACUGGGCACCCAGGGCUGUGUCCCAGGCACCGUUCUGGUAUUGAAAACGCGGCUACUCCAGACUCAUAGUAGCCUCUCCCCGCUCAGCUGGAACAGCCGGCCAUCAGUACAAGAUGAGUACCACGAAACAGUAUGCUUCCACAGGCCUGCCCCUGAGCCAAAGGACAGCUUGCUCCAAAAGAAAAAACAAAGAUUGGUUUUCUUUUCCUGCCCCUGCCCUCUGAGUUGUUUCCAGAAGGGGUCUUAGUGUGACCCCUUCUCCACUCUGCCACCUUGACAGAGCGAGAAGACAGAGCGGGAAGGAGGCAGGGCUGGGGGCCGGCCUCACUCCAGAACACGUAUGCACGGGGGACCUCCUUCAGCCACAUUCCCGCCGGGCCCAGCCUGUUCUUGCUGCUCUGGCGUCUCAUUGCUGCUCUGUGUCCUGAGCAACUGGAACGUGACACUGUUUAUGGAGGAUCGGCCUCAAAUUAGCAGCGCUCAAAACACCCUUUUCCGUGGGUCUCUGCCUUUCACUGAACCCUGUCCUCUGAUGCUUGCGGGUCAGUGUUUGGGGUCUUGUAAGGUUCCCAGGACAGGUGUCCGCUCGUUCUGAGGUGAUGGUGAACGUUCCUCCCCACACUUGUGGCGCCUGCCACGAUCUCGUUGGCCCUUCUCUCAAGUGUAAUCAGAUUGAGUCCUCCUGUUGGUUUCUGUGAAUCACUCCACCAAACAAGUUGGUGCUUAACAUUAACUUGGAAAAUGGCCAAAUGAUUAGCCUGUGCCGUCAGUGUAUUGUUCAGAGUGUGAGGCCCCACACUCGACGGUUGGGGUAUAUUGCUGUCCCUCUGGUGUACCUGUCGUCCAAAUGCCCUGGGUUUGUUUAGAGGUUUGUAACCCGGCCCAACCCCCUGCUCCAUACGUCUCCACAGUGAGCUGCUCUCUGCGGCACUCACAGGCCGAAGCUGGAGAAAACAAACACCAGUCCCUUCGUCCUCGUCAGGGUGUCGUCCGGGAGACAGGAGGCCCUUGUUGACGGAGGUAGAGGGAGACAGACAUUUCACACAACACAGAACAUGUAAAUGCUGCCGUCAAAGCUUAUUUUCCCAUUUCUCCCCCCUGGCCUUUGGCACAAAUCUGGUCGAAAGAAGCUGGUAAGUUGACAGCACUUGUCUUUUGUCCUGCCCAGAAGACUCUUGGAGAAAAGUCUGAGUUUGUGAAACAGCCAGACAGCCAGGCUGGCCGCCGGAGGACGGCUGGGCAGUCAGCCUGCCGGGCCGUCAGCCUGCCGGGGCAGGGCCCUUGGUCAGGCCCCAGGUGGGUUUCCAAAGAAAGGUAUUUAAAUUGAUGUAGAUUGGUGCUGUAAACUGUUUUGAUAAAUGUUAACUUAUUUUGUUUGGGUUUGGUUGUCUGCUAUUUUCUUGGGCCUGUUAGCUGUCCGCUCCAUGUGGCUGGUAUUUUCCCACAUAAAGCACUAGAGGGAGGUGUGCCUAAAAGAUUUUUUUUUUUAAUUUCUCUUUCUGGUUGAAAUAUCCAUGAAUUUUCUGGGUGAUCGGAGAGCAGAGAGCAGUGAACAGAGCAGAUGGGGUCCAAGGAAAGUGCCCAACAGACUGUGAUCACAGUUGACCUUUUCACUAGCAACACCCAUCCUUCUGCAAACUGAAAAGGUGCGAUUCUCCUGCACGGUCUCACGGAUGAGAACCUGCCGACAGGCCAGAGCCAGACCUGCUCACAGAAGGCGAGGGGCUCAGGCUAAGGAGAACCCCUCACCUUCCCUCCAGGCAGAGCCCCAGUGUGGGGCAGGGCCCCGAGGGUGACUCAGACAUAGUGCACUCUUGCUGAGAGUAGUUUGUUCUCUUCGUGUCUGAGGGCCAUGACAUAGGGAUGGUAUCGGGGCUAAUCUCUCAAUGUGAAUAGACUUAAAACACCUCACCCUGCCCCUGAAAUACACACACACACACACAGGCAAAAAGAAAAUCCACCGAAAGUGCUCCUCCCACCAAACAAGAAUAGGAUUGUCAGUUUUGCAGCUCAGCCAGUAUUUUCCUACACAAAUUUCACACAUCUGGAGACCCUCUGGGGAUGUUGUGUCUACUCAUCUGUGCCCCAGCCCCAAAUGCUGAGGAGGGAAAGACCCUUUGUGCUGAGUAAGUGCCCCUUCCUGCCUCUGAAGUCCCAUCAGCAUGUUUCCAGGGCCUGAGAACUCACAAAGGAGCAAAUUGGAGCCCCAGGGCCUCUGCUGAAGAGGGAGAGAGAAGGGGUUUCCAAGGAAACAGCCGGCCUCUGGGGCCUUCCAGAAGGGGGACCCUUGGCCUCUGCACAUGCCCCACCCUGCCCAUCAGCUCACACUCCCUCGCCCCAACGCUGAGCUGGAUUUGUUUUUCCAAACCAAGAAGGAGUAGUGAUAGAGCCAUCUUUUCCAGGCUGUUUUGGAAGGACGGUUGCCAGAACCCCUCACAUCUUGCCCACCUUUGGUUUUAUUCCAUUGCGUUAUCAGGCAAUCAGCCACCUGCUCCCAUGUGCUGAUGUGUGUUUUGGACACCACAGGUCUGCCUCCUGCUGUGUGUUCCCGCGCCAGCUCCCAAGGCCCUGACACACUGCCCUCUGCCCCUGUGGCAAGGCCCAUGUUCACACUUGGAUGAGGCACCUGGCCCUGCCUGAUCCUUGACCACUGCAUUGGUUCUGCUGCAUGCGUGGGGGUGGGAAGGUGGAUUCUGCCAGGUCUCCCCUCCACUCCCACCACUAAGGCUGUCUGAGUUGACUAGGUUUUGCAAUCCCAAUAGGAUGGCCUCUAACCUAACAUUGGAGACAGACCUAUGAGGUCAGGCUGGGUUCCUUGGGUGAGUGUUGACAGACCUCUUGGAGGCCCUACCCGUUAGGUGAGCUCACUGGCAUUUUGGGGAGCUCUGCCUAGCUUUGUACCAGGCCCCACUGUUACACAUCUAAUACAAACCAUCACCAUGAAGACAGGCCCCAUGACCAGCGUGUUCCAGGAUGGAUGGAGAGGGAGUGUUUGUGGGCACAUCCACUCUGCUGGGCGAAGGUGUGUGAUGCGUAUUUAUGGAACUGGUUAGUUCCCUUUCAAUGGAACUAGAUACGUUAUGUAUAAUCUAAACUAUAUCUGUUUGCCAUCAUAAGGAGAGUAUUGUACUUAAGGUUCCUUGGGGAGAGGAGAUGUAGAUUUUGUCAGACUCUCCUGGACUUUUUUUUGGUAAUGAAAUGCUUUAUUACCAUCCAGUGAUGUAAGAAGCUACACUCUGUAUUUCCUCAUCAUCAUUGUGAUGCCUGAAAAUUAGGCCAAAAAAUGUCAACUGAUGUUCAUCUCCGUCACUAUAAUCCAGACUUUGUGCCCAUUGCUUGCUGAAGUAGCGCUCUCUUUCAAGGGGACAUGGACUGACCAAGGGUCUCAGGCGCAGUUACCAAGGAGCCAUCCUGGAUCGUUCUCCAGAAGUGGAGCUUGAGAUGGACGACCUUGGCCGUGAAGUCCAGGCGAUUUUCUCAGGGUGUGAGAGUGUCCGCAGGCUCAGGAAGCAGGGCUAGGAAGAUGCACUUAGACUUUGCUAGUUUAGUAACAAGGUAUGAUCUUGUGUUUCUUGAUGACAGACUUUUUAAUUUGAGAACUUAUUCUCCUAUUUGAGAAGCUAUAAUAUAUAUUUAAAAUAAGUUUCCUGUUUAAGUUGUGCCUUUCAGCAUCACUGGGUGCAAGGAGCACCAAGGGUGAUGAUCCCCAUGAGGGCUGGCUUAUCACCAAACCUGAAGAGCUGUGUGGUCUCUCCAGUAAACGUUUUCUUCUAUUGGACAUGGAGCCAUUAUUAAAUGAGUUUUGUUUUUUAUUAUGUAAAUUGUAAAAUAUUUUUUGUUUGAUGCUCUAUUUUUCUAAUAGUUUUCUUACAGUUAUGAUACUAGAGUUAGAUUUUAACGCUAACUGCAAAUCAGGUUGGUCUCUGCUGGUCCCUCCUGUUUUCACUUUAUUUUAAGAACGAGCAUAGAUGUUGUCCAUCACUUUUUAAAAAUGUGAAACUGCAUCCCAUUUUCGCUGACAACAGUGUGCAUCGACAACUUCUUACUGUACUUUGUGUUGUAAAAUCAAACUGUUUUGUGGUACAUUAUCUCAUGCUUCUGCAAAUUCUAAUAAAUUCUGUAGCUUCAGUGUG